CGCCACGGGACUGCCUACCCGGCCGGUGGCAGGCGCGCGCCUGUGAGGCUGAGGUAGGCCACCCAGCGCGACGCUGGUGCGCCACGGAACGGCCUACCCGGCUGGUGGCAGGCGCUUUUGCUCAGCCGUCUCAUUUGCUUGCAGCAUGCCCUACACUGACUCGGUGGCCCUCGAGUCCAUCCGGAUGUUUAUGGGGCGAACGUUCGGAGUGCCGCACCGCGCCGUGAAGGACACCUACCUUAUGGGGCACUUCAUCCCCAAGGAGACCAUGAUGAUUGUCAACAUCCCCUCCGUCCUCAUGGACAAGCGGGUGUGGGGCGACCCGGAAAACUUCCGUCCCGAGCGCUUCAUCAAGGACGGCAAGGUCCAGAUUCCGGACGAGUACCUGCCCUUCGGCUUCGGGAAGCACCGCUGCUUGGGAGAAACACUUGCUCGCUCCAACGUGUUCCUCUUCACCGCAUCGAUGUUGCAGAGAUUCGACUUCCGAGUGCCCCCUGGUGAACCCCUUCCCUCCACGCAGUGCGUGGACGGCGUGACGGCCGCCACUCUGCCCUACAACGCCCUUGUCACACACAGGGUCGCGGUCUGAGUUUGAGACUAAUAUGAAGUGGGAUCAGUACAAAAACGAAAAAAAAAAGGUGCCAUUUAAGAGUCGUGAAGACAUCGCCUGACUAUUUGUGUUUUACCGUGAUAUAAAGUAGAACAGAGUUACGAGGUCAAUCUCCUGAGCUAUGGUCAAACCUGACCAGAAACAAAAGCGCAUUCAGGACAGGCCCCUAAAAACAGACUGAUUAUAAAUUGGGAAAGUGUUAGUGAGAAACCGGUUAAGAAGAUAGAUUUAUUUACAUCUAUGUAAUUUGGUCCAUUUUCUACUUCACACACAAAAAUUAAAUUAUCUUUUAACACACAUGUUCGUAAAGAUGAUAGAGUUUUCCAGACAGCCUUGAUAGUUUUUCAAUCUACCAAACUAGGAAAAGAUAAAUUCGCCAAAAUCAGCUAAAUCAUCAUAACAAUACGGGAUAGUACAAACAAUCUUGUACAUACAUAAUUUUAAUUGGAGACUUUCCAAUACAUAUUUUUAAGUUUUUUGUUGUUCUUGUUUAUUGUUAUUUCUUAGUUGUUUGUUGUUUUCCGUUAUUGGAGUAUGUCAGCUUUCAAUGAGUUGAAAGCUUAUAAACCAUUAUUUAAUA